UCGGCAGCGGCGUCCACAGUCUCACAAAUACAGCGGCUGGAGUGAGGCAGGAAACUGAGAGCAGCAACCAUGAAAACGCUGUGCUUUUUGUCGUCUCUGGUACUGUGGCUGGGCUCCGGAGAGUGUCAGACUCUGACUCAACCUGCGACCGUGUCGGUGAAUCCAGGGGUCACGGCCACGCUGGAAUGCAACAUCGGGACAGAUGAUAACCAAUAUGUUUAUUGGUACAAGCAGACGUUGGGAACAACUCCUCAAUGGGUUCUCCGGUAUCAUCAGUCAGAGGCCGCCCCGACCUAUGGGUCUGGGUUCAGCAGCGACCGUUUCACAUCGAAAGCCAACGGCGCCGGCACCGUUUACCAGUUGAUCAUAAGCAAGGCGGAGGUGAAUGACGCUGCCGUCUAUUACUGUAUGAAGUGGGUUUCAGCGAGCAGUAUUUACGCACACCGGAACCACACACUGUGGGGGGUGUUCGGCCCAGGGACCAAGCUCUUUGUUACAGCUUCGCAGCUCCCAGACCCUUCAGUGAAACUGCUGGGGCCGUCAGACGAGGAGAUGUCCGCUAAAGGAGCGGGCACCUUAGUUUGCCUGGUCAGUAAACUGUCCGCGGGCUUCCCCGCCGUCAGCUGGACAGUGGACGGGAGUCCGCCGAGCAGUGAGGUGCAAACCAGCGCGGUGAGGCGGGACACGGACAACACCUUCAGUCUCAGCAGCUACCUGGCGGUGCUCGGCGCAGACUGGAGCAGUGGGAAGUUGUACUCCUGCACAGUUCAGCAAGGAACAGCCUCGAAAAUAUCCGCCACAAUCACACAAUCCAGCUGUUAAAGUGAGUGAGCGCGGCUCCGGGCGUGUUUGCUCCCGGAUUACCGGGAGAUCACUGCCUCUCAUCUUCCUCCCACUGUGUGCGCCCGCUGUUCUCUGUAUUACCUGCUUCCGAUCCGCUUUCUCCUGUUUCCACCGUGUUAUUGAAACAUUUGUACUCGUGUUUAUUGUUGUUCUGUUUCUCCCACCUCUAGGCGACACGGGUUAAAGUGGUCAGUAACUUGGCUUCAUCAGCAAUUUCAACAUGAAUUGUUUUCUCUGGCAACAGGCAUGGAUCUGACUAAUAGAAAUAAUAUAUGUUUGUAAUUUUUCAUCAGUAUCAGACUGACGGUCUGCAACGACGUCAAACUACCAAUAAAGAUGAUCAAUGUUGGAAUUA